AUGUUAAAUUCAACUUCAUCAUCUCUGUCUUACUUUAUUCUUGACGCUUAUGAGGAUAUAGGAUUGUUGCGUUACUGUUAUUUUGUGAUAACUGCAAUGUUGUACCUUGCUAUUGUUACUGUCAACACUUCUCUGAUUGUGGUUAUCUGUCUGAACAGGAGCUUACAUGAACCCAUGUACAUUUUUCUGUGCAGCCUGUUUUUAAAUGAGCUGUAUGGUAGUACAGGGCUGUUUCCAUUCCUUCUGGUUCAGAUCCUCUCUGACAUUCACACUGUUUCUGCUCCUUUUUGUUUCCUGCAGAUUUUCUGUUUAUACACUUAUGGAAGUAUUGAAGUAUGUAAUUUAGCCAUUAUGUCUUAUGACAGAUAUCUUGCUAUCUGUUUCCCUCUUCAAUAUAACUUACUUAUGACAUUCAACAAAGCGGUUAUCUUAAUUAUUGUUCUAUGGUUAUACUCUUUUGUGAAGUUCCUGAUUACUUUAUCCUUAAACAUCAGCUUGACACUUUGUGGAAAUGCCAUUAACAGUUUGUUUUGUCGUAACUACCUUGUUGUUAAGUUGGCCUGUUCUGACACUAAAGUGAAUAACAUUUAUGGACUUUUUGGCAUUGUUCUCUCGGUCUUAGUCCCUCUCCUUCCAAUUCUUUACUCCUACAAUAAAAUUCUCAAAAUUUGUUUAUCUGGUUCUAAACAGAUGAGACAAAAAGCUUUCAGUACCUGCAUACCUCACAUUGCUUCUCUUCUAAACUUUACUUUUGGCUGCUGUUUUGAAAUCCUUCAGAGUAGAUUUGAUAUGAGUAGUGUACCCAGUGUGCUGCGUAUUAUUCUGUCACUGUAUCUAUUCAUCAUACAGCCGCUUAUGAAUCCCAUCAUGUUUGGAUUGCAAUUGUCAAAAAUACGAAAGACAUGUAAAAAUGUCCUCUGUUAUAAAAGGCUGGCUGAAUGUUGA